AACCCAAAAAGAGUUGAGGCUGCUGGGACUGAAAACACAGAGAGAGAAGAGAAGAGAGGAGGCCUGAAUCACAACCUGUUGAUUGGUUUGAACACAUCAGAGCUGCUGCUGCUGGAGCUGUAACCCUCCGCCUGCCUGCUGGACACGCGUCUUCUUCCUCUUCUUCUUCUUGAGGACCUAUAUAUAUUUAUAUAUAUAUAUACGUGGCACAUUAGACAGCAUGUCCUCCUCAUAAAGCUUACAGUAAAGCUCACCUGCUGCUGCAGAAAACACACACAGACGAGUCUGUCAUGGCCCACAGCGCCAGUAUGCAGUAUGAGCCAGUGGCAGAGAUCGGAGGAGGCGCUUACGGGACGGUUUUUAAGGCCAGAGAUAUAGAGAGCGGGCAGUUUGUGGCUCUGAAGAGUGUGCGCGUCCAGACAGAUCAAAAUGGCCUUCCGAUCUCCACAGUCAGAGAGGUGGCUCUGUUAAAAAGGCUGGAGCAGUUCGACCACCCCAACGUGGUCAGGCUCAUGGAUGUAUGUGCCACCCAGAGGUCGGACCAGGAGACUAAAGUCACUCUGGUGUUUGAACAUGUGGACCAAGACCUCAAGACGUACCUAGAGAGAGCCCCAGCUGCAGGAUUAUCCCCCGGCCGCGUCAAAGACCUGAUGAGGCAGCUGCUGUGCGGUCUUGCAUUCCUUCACUCGAACCGCGUGAUGCACCGGGACCUGAAACCAGAGAAUAUUCUGGUGACCAGCCAGGGCCAGGUGAAGCUGGCUGACUUCGGACUGGCCAGGAUCUACAGCUGCCACAUGGCCCUCACUCCCGUGGUGGUGACGCUGUGGUACCGACCCCCCGAGGUUCUGCUGCAGACCAGUUACGCCACACCUGUGGACAUCUGGAGCACCGGCUGCAUCUUUGCUGAGAUGUUCAGACGCAAACCUUUGUUCUGCGGAGAAUCAGAAGUGGACCAACUGGGGAAAAUAUUUGAAGUUAUUGGCUUGCCAUCAGAGGACGAGUGGCCGACUGAUAUUACACUCUCAAGAAAACACUUCCCCCCUCUCUUACCUCGCCCAAUCACGGACUUUGUUCCAGAGAUAAAUGAGCUGGGGGUGCAACUAUUGCUGGAAAUGCUGACCUUCGACCCCUUGAAACGAAUAUCUGCCCUGAACGCCCUAGAACAUCCAUAUUUCCAGGACGAGGAGACAUUGACUUGAAACGAUGCAGUGAAGCGAGAGGUAACAGUGUCUAAGUUUAGACCUGGCCUAACCAUAAAGGAUUUCAAUUUCAUUCAGUGCAUUGCCUUUCAAGAUGUCUGGGUUAUGCUUUGGGAUAUUUUCUUGUUACUCCUACAUCAAAAAGGAUUAAAGCCUGAGAAAUGGAAUUAAAAAAAAAAGAAGAGGAGUGAACUUAAGGAUCACUGGCAUGCUUUCCAACGUCACAAUUAAUGAUGUUAACGUGUCGUGUCUUCUAGGACAGUACCAGUGUUUUUGAUGUUUGAUCUGUGUGUCAGUCCCAACUGCAGGGACUGAUGCACAGAAACGUCUGUCAUCUCCUCUGAAAUGGUGUUACUUUUCUACAGUGUUUCGACAGAAGGAAGCGGAGAUGUCGUCUUUUUUCGUUACAGGCUGAACAAAGUCUGUCAGAAGUGACACCUCGGGGUUAGAACAGCCAGCUGUUAGUGAUCUUAUUGUAUUUGUGUUAAUAUUUAUCGUACUAAAGGACCAAUAAGACUAUACGUUUUAUGAAAAUCAUGAAAGAAAAACGCACAAAGAAGACACACAUGAUAAAAAUACUGGUAUUGCCCUUACAUACUGUCAUAAAUUGUUUCUUUUAUUGGAAGACUAAAGGGUUGGACGUCAUUUCAUGUUUAACAUUUUUUGUCCGUUUUCUAAAACCAUCUGAAAUCAACCAGCACUGCUAUAUGAAUAAAAAACAGUUUUAAUCACA